AUGGCGGUUCGCGCUGUGGCGCUGUGGUGCGCCGUCGUCGCUGUGCUGGUGACCGUCGCCACCACGUACACCGUCGACUGCAACCACGAGUACACGGACUGCGACACGGAACUCAAAACCGAUGUCUCGAUAACAAUAAACGUGAAAGAUAAUGAUACACCCACAGUUGCAGAACCCGACGACUUCGUUAAGACUACCGAAUUUACUUCAACAACGGAUAAAAAUACGCAAACAGUUACAGAAACUGAUGUCUUCCUUAUCACUACCGAGCCUACCUCGUCCAUGAUAGACAAAGAUACAGGUAAGUUGGCCAGUGACGAUGAAGAGGUGGCAGCACAGCAAAUCGCUCACCUUACACUACCACCGUUCACUUUUACAACAACGGCGAAGCCAACGACAACUCAUUCAGAAACUACAGUUACAUCUACAACAACACCAACCACACCAACAAGAUCUACAUCAACAACAACGUCAAUAGAUUAUAAAACUGAAGCGGAAACGACGUUAGAGCUGACCGACAUGGGCGAUUCUAUGCUGAAGCCUAAGCCUAGAUUGCUGGACUUAAGUGUCGAUGAGCUCCAGAGUUUUGCAAACGCUUUACAUAACCAAAGUAAUCUGAAUCUAAAAAACAAAGGGAUUCCAGAUUUGAGCGAAAUAUCUCUGGACGCUGAUGAAGAUGAUGAACCGCCAAGACUGAUUACAAACGUGCCUAAAAAUAAGGAUAUAUCUGAUAAGUUUUAUAGUAACCUUCAAGUGCCGUUUAAUCCUUUACUCUCAAUCGAUAGAUCGGACGAAAUGGAAAUGUGCAAAGAUAAUGAAAUUAUGUAUAAGGUAGGUGAACGCAUUGACCGUGGUUGUGAAGAAACAUGUGAAUGUACUCCGUCUGGUGUGUUCGAUUGUUCACCAAGAUGUAAGCAUCCGUACAUACGGCGUGGAAGAAGGCUUAAUGAUCCGUUGUGCUUUGAAUCACCUGUAGACGAAUGUUGCUCGAUUAUUGCUUGCUCUACGGGCGCUGGAGAACACAAGCAAAAAUCAAAGGAGAUGUGUAGCUAUGGUAAUGAAACGUAUCCCGUGGGUAUGAGUUGGCAUGUGGGCUGUGAGCACACUUGCACCUGUGAACGAAAUUCUGUAGUAACCUGCAAACCCCGGUGCAACCGACUGCAACCUUCGGACAAGUGUAUAAAUGUGCAAGAUCCUAACGAUGCAUGCUGUGAAGUUCAAGUAUGUGACGUGUCUUCUGAUGCUCACGAAGAGCCUGAGAAUAUGACGAUAGCUACGUCGUCAAGCACAGCUAAUUCCAUCCAGUCUUCAACUACUCGUCCUAUUACUACAACGCUAAUAACUACGCCUACCAGCACUACAACUAUGAUUUCGUUCUCAGAAAACACCUCUGAGACGGGAAGAUCACUAGAUGACGAAGAGGAAUUAUUUAGGCCUACAGUUAGGCCUUUAGUUUUAUCGGAGCCAAUUGGGUCAGUGACAGUGCUGCAAAAUAAUAGCGUUCAAGUUAAUUUGAUGCAUAUGAACAAUAGCGAGGAUCCAAUACAUCUGUUGUUGAGUAGUGACGGGGGCCGUACGUUUAGAGAUGUAGAAUUAAAAUUUGCCAAUAUGAUACUCAACCUGGAAGGUGGAAAAGAUUACAUUUUGAAGACAAGGGAAACUGGAACGAAGUUCAACUUCACAAUCACGGCAACGGACGCUGCGACUAACGAAGUGUCAGUGGUGGAAAUGGUCACCCCGUUGAAGAUAGGAUGUCACCACGAAGGAAAAUUCUACGCUGUUGGCGAAGAAUUCCACAUCGGCUGCACGGAGCUCUGUGAAUGCACGGGCCGCGAAACUCGUGAGUGUGCAGCGUUGGUGUGCCCCUCUCAUGUCGGCUUGGAACUGGUGUCUAAGGGUUGCGUACGGUGGGCGACCAGUCCACCAGCUGAGCCACCCAACUGCUGCCCAAGGAGUGCAAGAUGUUUAAGCGACGGAACAUGUCAUUACAAGGGUGUUGCUGUGCCAAAUUGGAGCGAAGUGCCAAUUUCGCUUACUGGUUGUGAACUGCGCUGUUUCUGCGAGAACGGUGAACUAGACUGUCAGGAAGUCUGUUCGCCGUUACCCACGCUGCCGCCGCAGUCUUUGCGCUGUCCACCUAAUCACCGUCCCGCCGCCGUUAAUAUAUCCGGCGAGGACUGCUGCAAACAGUGGGGCUGUUUGCCCAAUGACCAAAGUUAUUCAACGUUAGACCUGGAACAUAUGCUAUCCCAAAUGGAAGUGGAAUCGGAAGUUAACAGAAAUCUUGGACGUUCUGCCGAUAAAGAUAUAGGAGAAUCGUUGGCAGGUCAAUUUCCUCCAGGAUUUACACAGUCGCCUCACUCUCAAGAACCUUUCAUGCCAACCGUUCCUCCAGACGUACGAUACCCUCAAGAAGAUGAUUACGAACAGAAUAAUAUCCACCGGCCACUUAACUUGGAUCCUACUCUUACUGGACUCCCGCCGGGGUUGGCUUUGCCACCUGCCUAUGCGGAUGACAAUAAAAAACUAUCUGUUAUAUUGUUGCAAGCUGAUUCGCCCACAAGCGUUAAGAUGAUUUUUGGCCUACCACCGGUACUAGUGGGAUUGCGAGGCAGUGUCGAUCUCAGAUAUACAGACACAGCGGAUGAGGACGUCGCUCAUUGGUACUCCCAAAUAUUCGCUCCAGCAGACGAAAUCCUUGGAACACCGAGGUUAGACUUCCGUUUGACCGGUUUGAAACCCUCAACCACCUACAAGAUACGUGGUAAAUUAUACUUACACAAUCUGCCAGUUGAGCCAGAAAGCGACGUGUUCACCGUACGCACUCUAGAUUUACCGACAAUGCCACCAGAAGAGAAGAGACGAGAAAUUGACAGCAGGUUGGUAGUUGUGGAUGUGAAUGACACCACAGCUCAUCUCAGCUGGAGGCACUUUAGUGAAGACGAAUUGGAGUUCAUUGACGGCAUCCAAGUGCGAUACCGACCAGUUGGCACGCCAAUCUUUAGCAUGACGGAGUUACUUCAUCACAGCCGUUCUGUAGCUGAGCUGAACGAUCUGCGACCUGGUGUCCACUACGAGGCUUCGUUGGUAUUGAUUCCCCCACCGCAUGCGAUGACGGAACUGUUCGACCCUACAAGGGUGGAGUUUAGCACUUUGCCUUAUGUUGACCCGUACAACUGGUCGGUGGUGGUGGAGACGCGCGCCGUGGGCUCGGACGCGGCGGAUCUGACCUGGCACGGGGUCCCCUCGCCGGCUGAGCGCUGGGUGCGCGUGUACCGAGCGGCGCAUGCGUGCGGAACCACCCGCAAGGAGCACGACGCCUUCCGGCUGGCCACUAGGGACCUGCAGCCAUCCGUGACGCUCACUGGUCUGCAGCCCAACUCCAAAUGCCGAGUGUGGCUGGAGCUGUUCUUGACGAACGGAAAAGUUAAAACAAGUAACGUUCUUGAGAUUCAUACGAAAUCGGCAGAUUCUCCGGAGCCAAUAGACAAUGUAAUAGAGGCUUCUUCGGUCGCCGGCGGGCGUGGUACGCCGCGCGGCGACUACUAUGGUGCGUUGGUGGUGGUCGGCGUGAUAGCGGCGCUUGGCGCACUCACUUCGCUACUGCUGCUUCUCGUUGUAGUGCGCCGGCAUCGUCCGCGCUCAGUGCCGAUAACACCUGUGCCUUCAGCUCCUAGAGAGUCGUCGCUGCCACCAUAUGACAAUCCAGCUUACAAACUGGAGUUGCAACAGGAAACGAUGGAUCUC